GUCUGCAAACGAUUUCAAAAAUGAAGAAGAGAUGUGUUGUGGUGAUUGAAUGGAAAUACUUAGUCUAGAGAAUUUACACUUCAUAAAACAGCCGUGGGGUUCUGUAGUGCAACGUGCACUGGUUUGCAGUUGGUCUGUCUGCAAUGGAAGACGUGCAGCUUGAGCGUGGACGAUCUUUAGUUUUUCAUACACUGCGUUUAUCAAUACGAUAUGAGGAGUUAAAUGUGUUGGCUUUACAUUAGACACACACCGAUAUGGCUUUCUACGGUCGCCUAUGAUAGCUAUUGAUGAUAGUGAAAUCUACUCGCCUCAUGGAACUUUACUCUGUCAAGCUUCUCAAGUCAGCAUCAAGCCGCACCUUUUUUUCAUUUCGCUUCUCAUACCUGGAAUGCGCUCACUACAUCCAUCAGAAAAUCUAACUCUUCAUACAAAUUCAAGAAGUGUAUCAAACAGUUUUUGAACCCAAUGUAAUGCGAUGUGUUCUUGAUGUAGUGGCACUUGUACUAUGUAAAAUAAUGUAUUCUGUAUGUAUGAACUCGUCAAUCUGAACUGGCCACAAACGUACUUAGAUGAUAGUGAAAUCACUAGUCAGACAGCGUAGGGAGCUGUGGUCUUGAUAUCUGUCCACGGUUCCUAGCUAGGUUAUAGAGUCUGUCAACCGGGCUUGGUGGACCCAGUGAACUCGUCAAUCUGAAAUGGCCACCAACGUACUCAGAGCUGAGGAACUAGACAGGCAAUUCCUGCAGUGCCCUCUAUGCAUUGAUCGCCUAAAAGAACCCAAGGUUCUUGCGUGUCAGCAUACGUUCUGCGCAAACUGUUUACAACUUUGGGUGAGCAAGAAUGAUGGUAAACUAUCAUGCCCUAUUUGCCGUAAGGAAUACACCAUGGGGGAAGGGGGCGUGGCUUCCUUAGCAGAUAACUUCUUUGUGAAUGGUAUCAUAGAUUUCAUCAAACAGAAACGACGUGUGUCGUCGAGCGCCCCCACGUGUCACGGAUGUGACAAUGAGGCUGCAUACCACUGCUUCGAUUGCAACGAGUUUUUGUGUGUGGAUUGUGCUAACGCGCACCGUAGGCUGCGCAUGACGCGCAGCCACCGCCUCACGACGGUGGAUGAAUACCAUACUAGCGGGAUGCUGGUGCGUCUGGACUCCUUAGACAAGUCGGCGAAACUGUGCACUGCACACGACGGGGAGCAGUUUGAGCUGUACUGCGAGACGUGUGAUGUGCCGAUUUGCUACAGAUGCCGUGCGACCAUCCACCGACCGCCGCGGCACAAACACCGCAAGCGGCACGAGGCGGCUGAGCAACGGCGUGGCGUCCUCACCAGCCUCGUAGAGCGAGCGAAGUGCCGCGUGGACACCUUAAGAGACAACUUGGGUGUAUUGAAGGAGACCAACAGACAACUCUUGCUCAACCGUAACCGUGCUGAGUUGCAGAUCAGGGAGAGAACCGAGGGGCUGGCUGAGAUUCUGGAGAGGUACGAGCAGGAAGCCGUGGAUGAACUGGACCAGUGUUUCACUGCAAGGAGAGAUGCACUCAACGCAGAGACAGAACUCGUCCAACAAGUUCUUGACAAGACGAGCAGCGUGUGUAGCGUAACAGAAAAUCUACUCUCCGAAGGAAACGACACUGCACUGCUCUUCGUCAACAAAGAAACGACCAAGAAAAUGAAAGACACAAUCGACACCGAAGUCACCUCCAAACUAGAAGAAAACGGCCACAUCGGGUUUGUAAACGGACAAGCAGACAUGAACAGAUGUUUAGUCCUAGGUCAUUUAUUUUGUCACCAAGCCGUUGCAUCACAGUCCGGUCUGAAAUCUGAGGUGGUGCUUCCCUCUGAGGUUUUAGUGGGUGAAGACGUACGAAUCUGCCUGGAGACCAAAGACGCAGCGGGUAAUGCAGUGGUAGCCGGGGGCGCCGCAGUCAGUGCUAAACUGUGUUCCCCGUCUGGUGAGGUGGGGAUCGCGAGAGUGAAAGACAAUGAGGACGGUACCUACGAUAUUGUUUUCAGGUCCAACUGCAAAGGCCGACAUCGCCUGUCCGUUGCCGUCUUCGGACGGCAAGUCACCGGUAGCCCGUUCGAUAUCGCCGUCGUCAAGACAGCCCGGAGGGUUUUGGAGUUUGGAGCUGGAGGCUGCAUCACGAAGCUACGGGAGCCGUGGGGCGUGGCUGUGUCACGGAGAAAUGGUGAUGUCUUCGUUGCUGAUACCGGAAACAAUUGCAUUAGGAUCUUUGAUCUUAACGGCAACCACCGGAAACAGUUGAACUUUCCUAACUUCCCGAGCAAGUUCGAACCUCUGGGUCUCACAUUAGUUGGCGAUGAGGAAAACAUUCUUGUAACGGACCACAUAAACAAGCAAGUUCUUCUAUGCUCGCGAGACGGACAACUUUUAAGACGUUUUGGCACUACGGAGUUACGUCGGCCUUGUGGUGUGGCAGUCAAUAGUGCUGGCAAUAUCUUCAUUGCGGACCAUGGAACACACCGAGUCCAUAUGUAUGACAGUGACCUCCGUUAUCGUAAAGACAUCGGUUGUUACGGUAAGGCCACUGGGGAGUUCCGCUGCCCCAUCGCCAUCGACGUGAACAGUACAGAUGAAAUCAUCGUCUCUGACAGGGAGAACCAUCGCGUGCAAAUCUUCAACGCCGAGGGUGACUUCCUGGCAGCUUUCAGCUCGACGGGAGAGGGAGAGGGGCAAUUGAAGUAUCUCACGGGACUAACGGUCGACACUCAUGACAACAUCAUCGUCUGCAAUGACUGGAACAACAGGGUUUUAAUGUUUGACCAACAGGGAUGCUUUUUACGGAGGUUGGACAGUGAUGCGGACGCGCUUCAGUAUCCCAUCGGGGUUGCCGUUACGGAACACGGCAAGGUUGUUGUUGUCGAUUACGGCAACGAAGCCGUAAAGGUCUUCAAGACGUAAACGGAAGUGUCAAUCUGUUGGUGGCUACUUUACUUCAUUCAUCUGUCAUUACUUUGAAAAGGCAUCGGAUACUUUUGUUUAUUGCUCAAAAUAAUUGUUUUAGCAUAAAACUUACGAGCAAUGAAGAGCUGUGUAGUAUAACACAUUGUGAGUAACGGCUCCCUCUGAAGUAUUGUAGUUUAUACUCAAAAAUUACUUCAGGGCGGACAUUUGAAAGCACAUAAAUUUGUGCAGAAAUCAUGUGUUUUAUUUCAUUACUCUUUCGCACGAUGUUAACCAAUUUAGUCCACUUUUUUUCUCAAGUUCAAGUUUGCUAUUUUAUGUUGUGAUAAACUGAGAAUACUAGUCUAUGACAACAAUAUUAUUAGCAAAGGUGUCGAGUACCUUUAUUUCGAUACUUAACCGCACCAACAUAACACAUACGCUGAUAAUGUAAGGUACACAAAAACAUUUGUUUAUGGAAAUGAGCAGUUAGAAUGAAUUUAAAAAGAAACAAUAAUAAUUCUAUUAUUAAAUAGAGGUAUGUAGAAAUCUAGUUGCAACGUCCGUACAGAUGUGAAUGACUUAAUAUUAUGACUGCGGUGACGACACAAUACUUACUCUGUCGUAAGAGUUUUGAUGUCUAUGAGUUUAAAAUAGUCUUGCGAUACUAUCUAAGAUGAGGUAUAUUAAAAGCAUAGUAAAAACA